AUGACUCCCCCAGUAUUGAAAUCACCAUUAUCCAAGUCCCUUAGAGUUGCAUUAUUGCAAUUGAAGGCAGGUGCCGACAAAUCAGCCAACUUGGCCAAAGUUACCAAAUACAUUGAAGAAGCCGCUGCCAAAACACCCAAAGUGGAUCUUGUCAUGUUGCCCGAGUGUUUCAAUUCCCCCUAUGCUGUUGAUCAGUUUAGAAACUAUGCUGAAAAUAUUCCCGAGGGAGAAACGACUAAAUUGUUAUCGUCAUUGGCCAAGAAACAUGGGAUAUUCAUCGUUGGAGGAUCGAUUCCUGAAUUAUCGUCGGAUAAGAUUUACAACACGUCAUUGACAUUCUCACCUCAAGGUGAAAUCAUUGCCAAGCAUCGUAAAGCUCAUUUAUUUGAUAUUAAUAUUCCUGAUGGAAUCACGUUUCAAGAAUCGUUGACGUUAACUGGUGGUGAUAAAGCCACAGUUUUCAAAUUGGGUGAUUAUGGAAUUGUAGGUCUUGGAAUUUGUUAUGAUAUUAGGUUCCCGGAAUUGGCCUCAAUUGCUUCACGUAGUCCUUAUAAUGCAUUUGCCAUGUUUUAUCCCGGUGCAUUCAAUACUACUACGGGACCGUUGCACUGGCAUUUGUUGGCUCGUGCCAGAGCUGUUGAUAAUGAACUAUAUACUGUCUUGUGUUCACCGGCUAGAGAUGUUGCAGGUGGUGGAUACCAAGCUUAUGGACAUUCAUUAGUUGCGGAUCCAUCUGGUAAUAUUAUAGCUGAAGCUGGUGAAGGUGAGGAGAUUUUGUAUGCCGAGUUAGAUAAGGACGUGUUGACCAAGGCAAGAGAAAAUAUUCCAGUUCAUUACCAAAGACGUUUUGAUAUAUAUGGAGAUUUCGUUAAUGACGAAUCCACCAAAGUCAGUGACAAAUAG